ACGCGUCGGUAGCGCACGAACCAUCACUGAAAACAUGGAAGUCAGCGUUUGCCUCGUCGCCGUCAUGAUCACCUUACCCCUGGUGGCCGGCAACGAGUACCGGCUGUGUGGCACGGCACCGACUAGAGAAAACCAUUACGCGGAUGGUGCCACGUCGUCUUCGGAAGUGUCACCAGUGCGCUGGCCCUGGAACGCUGCCAUCCACACAAUCGCCAAGUUCCGGCCCGAGCAGUACUGCGCAGGAGCGCUCAUCAGCGAUCAACACGUGCUCACCGCAGCCCACUGCAUUGACAAACGGACAAGCGAUGGCAUACGAGUCCACCUGGGAUCAUGGCGACGCAGCACACUCGACAAGGGCGAAGUCGCAAUGUCCGUCAAGGAAAUGUGCAUUCACCGAACUAUUCUGGCCAACGAUAUUGCCAUCAUAACUCUUGCACAGCCGGUGAAUUUCACAACUGCCAUUUCACCAGUCUGUCUCCCUUACCGAAAGGAAACUUUCCCAACAGACUCCGAGGCAUACACGGCGGGAUGGACAGCUAGACCGCGAAAGGGAUACCGUCGCAUGAGGAGAUCCCUCAAGGAGCUGAAGCUGACUCUUCUGAGCAAGAACUCCUGCUUGAAGCACUUUGAUAUCGUUCUUGCCGACGACGUGCUGUGUGCGCCACAUGAUGGUGGCUCACUUUGCGAGGGAGACAGUGGAGCACCUAUUAUGCAAAACAUCGGGGGACACUGGUUCUUGCAGGGGGUUCUUUCAGGUGGUCCGCCUACCUGUGGAGACUCGACGCUGCCUAUGGUCUUCACCCGAGUUGCUAGCUUCAUGGAAAAUUUCAUCAAUCCUUACUUCAAAGCCAAAUCUCGAGAUGCAAAGAAAAAGUUUUGCACCCUUAAGUGAAGGACCGAGGGCGUCCGUGGUAGCCGGAGGGCAUGGAAACGCUACUCACAAGGACGGGAGAAGUGCCCGAAUCAGUGCCAUUUCACACUCCAUUAAUUAAGCCAUCAUUAUUUAUGCCGCGAAAUUCAUGCGCACCUUUUAUUGCUCAACUUCAUAACUCUCGUCACUUUUGUGAACCGUGAAAAUGAUUCACACUCUAGUCGAAAAACGCUUUGUUCUUUAUUUAUGCUCUAUUGAUUCAAUUUCAAAAUAUUUAUGCCUGCUCUUUUGUACAUACAAUACAAAGCACUUUGCUCUUGAGUUGAUUCUAAGAGGACACGGAUGUGAACUCGUUAAUUGUUAUUUUAAAGUAGGGCCAUGCGCAAGAAAUGAGAAAAAUAAAUGCUUAAAGCCCAAUCUUUGCGUAGAGUUUAGCACAGCUUCUCAUCACUGUACGCAAGAUUAUUUCUCAGACGAUAUUUCUCAGACGAUAGUGCUCUUCAGCAAUGACAGAGAAUGCGCAAGUAGUGCUUUCAUAUGUGAAUAAAGAAGAUAAAAUGUUGUGCACAGCCGCAACUGUCGGCUUUUCGUAUUGAUUUCGUAUAAUUUAUGAGAAUUUCUUUAACGCAUAGGCAAAUAAGGCCGUCGUAGAUCACAAACAAAGUUGCAUCAUUGUUCACCACGUCCUUUAGUAAAUAUUUGUAGCAGCUUAGCGACGUCAAUAAAACAACAAAAGAAGUGGUAUAUUCAGUGGAAACUAAUAGCACAUGAGUGCGUGAUGCGAGCUUCAAUACAUGAAAAGCAUUGGUAUUCUUUCAUUCAGAGUUGCGACAAAGCACGCAUAAGAUCUGACAGGUAACGGCAGGCCUGAUAAGGUGUCGCAAUAUUUAGAAAUGAAUCAUGACGUGUUCAACAAUGUUGAAGACAAUUGAGGUUAUGUAUGUGCAGAAUGAAAGUGUACAUUCGACAUAAAGUGUAAAUAAACGAAGUAGCAGUG